AUGUCAAGUGAAAUAAGUAAAUAUGUUCCAUUCAAUGAAAUAGAAGGAACUGCAUCUUCAAAUGUUCAUUCUUACUCAAAUAAAUAUAGUAAUGGUUCUCAUAGGGGCCGUCACUAUCAUCAUGGCAUAUUCACUGGAUAUCAAUGGCAAUGUGUUGAAUUUGCUCGUCGAUGGUUAUUAAUACGUAAAAGUUGUACAUUUCAAGAUAUUCCAUGUGCAUGCAAUAUAUGGGCAGAUGUACCUCAUAUUGAACGAGUUGUAGAUGGUCGAUCUUUUAGAUUACGUCCUAUUUCAAAUGGUUCUCCUGAACCACCGAAAAAAGAUUCAUUACUUAUUUAUGCUCGUAAUCAAAAGAUGCCUUAUGGACAUGUUGCUAUUUUAACUGAUGUUACAUCAGAUUAUGUUUAUAUUGCCGAACAAAAUAAUUUAUAUAAUUAUUGGCCUGGUAAUUAUGCUCGUCGACAACCAUUAAGAUUUCAUAAUGGAAAUUAUUAUAUAGAUGAUGAAGAUCCAAUUUAUGGUUGGAUGGAAAUUGAAAAUAAUGAUGAAUUACAACCAUUUGAUGAAGCUAAUAUAGCCAAUAUUCUUGAAAAAUAUUUAGAACAACAGUCAACUGAUAACUUUUAA